AUGUUCCAAUUAAAUUUAUACCAAAGAAGAUCGAUGAUGUUGUUGUGCGAUUCUGUUGCCUGAAGCUGACGAUCACCACGUUUCGUCCCCAGCUUCCACCACUCAUCUCCCAUGAUCAGAUCAUCACGCUGCCACAAUCCACGAAAUCAUCACAAAUCCAUUUGGACUACUUCUAUCCACGACCUAACAGUUGUGUCAAAUCAGCCAAAAGAAAAUCACAGUCACAGAUCACAAAAGAGACCUCUCUCAACCCACGGGGCACAAUAAUAAUCAAUGUCCUCAUCACCACCGCCAGACAUGGUGACGGAAGCAGAAGCAGACGAAGAAGAAAGUCUUGCCUCGAAUGAAUCGCCAGCAGCCGAGAUGCCCAUGACAAUGGCAGCAUCGAUGGUAUUGGAUCAUCUACCAUUGGAUGCGCACAAUGCUCUCUCCUCAGCAGGGAUGCUAGAGCAAAAAAAGAUCCACCUCCGCUUCCGUCCCGGCCCCGGAACCCCUUCCCUCCCCAAACCCCGCGUGACAAUCUCUUCUACCCACCAUUUCGAUUGGAUCGUCCGCUACCUACGCAGACAAUUACGUCUUGACUCCCAUCAGAGUGUUUUUUGCUAUGUGAAUCAGGUUUUUGCUCCGGGGAUGGAUGAGCAAGUGGGGAAUUUGUGGAGGUGUUUUAGGACGGGGGAGGAUUUGAUUGUUAGUUAUGCUGUUGCGCCUGCUUUUGGGUGAUUGGGGAAGCGUGUGAGAGGGAAGGAGAGAGGGAAGGAGAGAGGGGGAGUAUGGUGGGAUGGAGAUGGAUGGGAGAGGGAGUCAUGGCAUUUCACUAAUUGAGUUGGAGAGGCAUGGAGCAAUGAUGAUCAAGAUGA